ACGAUGAGUUCAAAGCCGAUAUAUGUGCUUCACUAUCGUGCAUCUUCAUCCUCUCUGACACCUUUGACAUCUCGUAACAGCGUGUCCUAUCAAGCGUGUAGAUAUGGCGGUAGCGACAACUAAUGGCAAUGCACCCACGGACGGAGCCGGCGUCAAGCAUCCACGAACAAAUAACGAAGCCGACAUAGCUGCCAUUGUGCAGAAGCUUUCAAGUUAUGGCAACCCGGCGCUAUACGUCGACACAGAACACAAUAUCGAGCUACGCGAUACCGAAGUCCCGACACCGCUGCCACACGAAGCACUACUUCACGUCCGCUGCACAGGCAUUUGCGGAAGUGACAUGCAUAUGUGGCAUCGAGGCAGCAUCGGCCCACUUGCUGUCGACCGUCCUUGCAUUCUUGGACACGAGCCGGCGGGUGUCGUUCUAGCCGUGGGCUCAGAAGUCACCAAUCUAGUGCCUGGCGACAGGGUGGCGAUUGAGCCUGGCGUGCCUUGUCGGAAGUGCUGGCUUUGUGAGAGGGGCAAGUAUAAUUUAUGCGAAUAUGUAGCGUUCGCAGGCAUGUGCCCCUACGCUGGAACGAUCCGCCGCUUCGUCACCCACGAUGCCCGCAUGUGCCACAAGCUUCUGCCAGGCAUGUCUUUCGCUCAAGGAGCUCUUCUGGAACCCCUCUCAGUCAUCCUCCACGCAGUCCGGCAAUGUCACGGCGCGCUCAGCAUUGGCAAACCAGCUCUCAUCUGUGGCGCUGGGCCAAUCGGACUUUGCGCCCUUGCCGCAUCUCGAGCUUCCGGAGCAUGGCCGCUUGUCAUUACUGACGUCGACCCGGCCAAGCUAGAGUUUGCGCAGAAAUUCGUGCCAGGCGUCAUCACGUACCAUGUGGAGAUGUCGAAGACACCCAUCCAAUGCGCCGAAGAGAUACGAGCUCUCUACGGUUGCGGGCCGCGAGUUGUCGAAACCGCUACGCCUUCACCCACCGAGUACAAUGCGCCCAGCACAGUGCUCGAAUGCACCGGCGUCGAAUCAAGCGUCGUCACGGCUGCUUACGCCUGCCGACGAAACGGUCUCGUCAUGGUCGUGGGCGUCGGACGCUCGAUCAUGAACAAUCUGCCCUUCAUGCAACUCAGCUUUGGCGAGAUCGAUUUGAGGUUCAUCAAUCGCUAUUCGGAUACCUGGCCGGCCGGUAUCAAUGCGAUGGCGAACGGAAACGUGCUGAAUCUGGACGCGAUGAUCACGCAUACGUUCCCGCUGGAGCAGGCGGUGCAGGCCAUGGAGGCUUGUGCGGAUCCGAAGCUUCUGACUGUCAAGGUGCAGAUUGUAGAUGAUACCGAGAUCGAUUUGUAACAUAUGAUUGGGGGCUACUUGUGCCAGUUAGCCGGCGGUGUGGUUCC